AGAGUAAUGGCUGCCAAUGUUGACAGCUCGGAAAUUUUCAAUAAACUGUCAUCAAAAAUAACAAAUCUACUUCAUGGAAGAACAGAAGGUGAUCGCAGUAUAUUAAGUAAAACAUUGGACGAUUUAAAUUCAUUGAAUUAUAGGUAUACAGUAGUGACAAAUCCAACAAAAGCAGUACUUUUAGUGAACCAAUGCUGCAGUUUUGUAUCAACUGAUGAUGAGGUACUUGUCCCAAAAUGUAGUCAAUUAUUAUGGAAUCUUGUUAAUAGACAAAAUGUACCUAUUGAAGGUAGAACAUUGACUGUAGCCAUAAAUUGGUGUUUAAAUAGUUUUAAAAUACGAAAUAAAAAUGUCAUUCUUGAUAUUUUGCAAGCCUUAGAUGCCUUAUUAAGAACUAAUGUGGAUUAUGUUGUACAGCUGUUGGAUAAAGUCUCUUUUGAAGUUAUCAAGAUUAUUAAAGACACUGAGCAAGGAUGGUCACCUGAAAUAAUACUAAUUUCUUUACAAUGUCUUGAAGCUUGUACAGCUGUUCCAACUGAAAAAUCCAACAUUCAACACAGCCAUUUGGAAAUUUGUGCUGAGAUUUUUUUGUCAUAUUUAUGUAAACAACAAAUUGUCCAGGAUCCAAUCCAUGUUAAGAUGCUCCAAGUUAGUCUUUACGGACUUCAAAAUAUAAUAAUUCAACAUCCUGAAUAUUUAAAAAAUGAAUUAGGCUUAAUUUUGGGAGUCGUAAAAUCAUUCAUGGUAUUAGGAAUCAAAGGUAUUGAAUAUAUGUUACCACAAAAGUUGUUACCUUCAAUUUUAAGCAUACCAGAAGCAACAAAUGUACCAAGAGAGAAGAAAGGAGGCAAGCUUACAAAACAAAGAAAGCACAGAUCUACAAAGCCCAAAAAAGAAAAAAAGGAUUCGACAGAAGAAAUUUUAUUUGAUGGAAAAACAACAGGAUACAGUCCAGCCACUACAGCAUUAGAAUAUAAUUCAGACAGUGGAAUUAACCUUUCGAAUGCUGGGAAUAAAUUUAAAACUAGCGAUUCCGAUUUUUCAGACAGCGAAUCAGGAAGAUCUGCAAAAUUAGUGCAAGUUCAAGGCAAAGUCAGACAUGCUGCAUUUAAUUUAUUUUACAAUGUUGUAAAGAACACCGAAAAAUAUACUAUGUUCUCAUAUUGGUCCAGCUUUAUUCCAGAAGGAACAGUAUCCGCACCACAUAAUUUACUCAACUGCAUUUUAAAAGACCCUUCAUCGAGAUGUCGAAUGUCUGCUUUAAAUGUUUUGUUGGUAUUAUUAACAUCUUCCAAACUGUACCUAGCUCAGGCAGAAAAUAGCAUCAAAAGUACUUCUUUUACACCAUUUUCCGUUGUGUUGGGAUUGACCAUAAGAGAAUUGCAUAAGGGUCUCUCUCUGGCUCUUGUGGAAACUUCAGUUCCAGUUUUAAUUCAAUUGUUAAAAUGUUUGGGUGCUUUAGUGCAGGCAACUCCGUAUCACAAAAUGUCCCAAGGGCUGAUUACGAAAAUUGUGAGGAACGUAAAACCAUUUAUAUAUCAUAAAGAUGCUUCUGUUCAAGUAACAGCUCUAAUAGUACUAGGCUGUGUUGUAGCAUCAGAACCAAUCAUACCAGAAACAAAAGAAAUAUUGUUAAAGAAGAAUUUAAAUAUAGAAGGCAAUACUUAUGUAACGGACUCUAAUCCAGAAGAAAACGGUAAAAAUGAUGCUGAAAGUAUCGUUUAUGCCGAAUUUUCAGACGAUGAAGAUGAAUAUGUAGAAGACGAAUCAGUUCCCUGGUUAUUAAAAAGAUGUCUAAGUAACUUAGGAGUGCAGUUUACUCCAACAGAGUGUGCAAGCAACGCAAGAGAACAUAAUAGUUUAGUAGUUCCCGUUCCUGUAAAAUUAGAAUCUCUACAAGUGAUCUCGGCUGUAACCAGAAACUAUUUUGAAAUAUUAAUAGCGCCAUAUUUAUCUUAUAUAACGAAGGGACUUCAUACAUCUUUGAGUGACAAAUAUGCUGAUUUGAGAUUGCAUGCCGGUCGUGCCAUUGAUUUUAUUGGACAAGCAAUAUCUAGAUAUCUUACAAAUAGAGAAAUAAAGGAUACCGUUCCAUUUGAAAGUUUUUUGACGUUUUGGCAGAAUUUGUUGAGUGGGCCAUUAAUAGAUUUAUUGCAGUGUGAAGAUCAAGCAGUUUUAAAAGCAGUUGGUUGUGAUUGUUUGGGAAGUAUAGGAUCUGAUAUUUUUGAAAAGUUACCGAGAGAUAAACAGAUUGUAUGUGUCACUCUUUUGUUUUCCUGUACGAGAGAUGAGGAAAAAAACGUGAAAGCUGCUGCAGUGAGAGCAUUGGCUAUUUGCGUGAUGUAUUCAUCGUUAAGAGAAGAUCCCGGAUUUGUUGUUGAUACUGCAGAAGCAAUUUAUCGGACCUUGCAGGAUCAAAAUUUAAUGGUUAGGAUUAAAGCUUCGUGGUCUUUGGGUAAUUUGAGCGAUGCCCUUAUGUUAAAUAAUAAAACAGAUGAAGGCAUAGAAGAAAUACCUCGAGAACUUAUCAUCAAAUUAAUACAAAUUGGUGUCAGUAGCUCAUCCGACAACGAUAAGGUUAAAAUGAAUGCAGUAAGAGCUUUAGGAAAUCUCAUUCAAAUAGUAAAUAAAAGUUUCCUUAACGAUCUAAAGUGUUGCCAAAUAAUAGACGAAGCCUUCGAUGCUCUCGUCAAAAGUUGCAUCACGGGUUCAAACAUGAAGGUAUACAAGUUUACAAGUAGUAUAACAUCUCAAUUUAUGGUAGUAAAAAAGGACUUGAAAUCAGUUAUUACUUAUCAUAUGAUUCUAUUUACAAAUACCGUAUCCAAAAAUAUUUUUUCCAGCUUACUAUUUUCUUUGAAAAAUAUACAACUAAUAUUGUGUUACAAAUAGAAAUUUCUGAUCUUGAAAUCAAACAAAGAAAAGAAAUACAAACGUUAAUAAAAUGUAUCAUUUUGUAGGUUAGGUGGAAUGCAUGUUACGCUAUUGGAAAUGCACUAAAAAAUUCAGCUCUAUAUCAAGAAACCACGCGUUUAAAUAAAAGCUGGCAGGAUUCCAUUUAUAAAGCUUUGACCGAACUUGUAGUAAGCUUUAAAAAUUUUAAAGUAAGAAUUAAUGCAGCUCUUUCGCUGUCAUGUCCGACUAACAGAGAACAUUAUGGUAAUUAUUUUGUACUCGUUUGGACGGCAUUACUAGAGGCUUUGGAAAACUCUCAGCAAAUGGAAGAUUUUAGCGAAUAUAAACACAGGGAUCAUCUCGUGGAACAGGUAUGUUUGUCCCUUGGCCAUCUUACAACGUUACUCCGGAAAGGUGACUUGGGAAUUUUGCAAGACGUACUUGAUCAACAUUUUGACGUAUUCCGUACUCAUACUCAGAAGGUUUUGGAGAGGCUGGUGCCCGAAAAAUCAACGACAUUAACAACGGCGACGAUAACAUUAAAUGCGUUGAGUAAGGAUGCUGGCCUUAAUAACAAGGAAAUGCAAGUGCUGGAACAGCUGACAAGUGUAUUUGUACCGAUUAUUUAACUUUAUUUUUAAUAAACUCUUUAUAAAUACUUU